AACAAGAAGAUGAAGGCAGUGCAGAGCCUGAUACAUUCCAACAAGGUCGGUAGCUCACCCACAAAACCAACCAAACCACCCCCUUCAUUUUACUUUCUUUGUCCCUGAAUUUCGGGGCGAGCUACGACGAGCAGCGCACGAGCAGUGGGGCGCAGGCGAACGGUGGCAUCAUCGGCUCGGGGCUGGUCAACAAGUGUAAUACGAUGCUAUACGCUGAGUCAGUGACCGUAUGUCUAACAUUCUUGCCAAUACAUUAUCCUCAUUGUGUUCCGGAUUAAUCACCGCUUUGCGUAUACAGUGAACGUAACAAGGGUAUUCCAAAGUCUAGUGACCAUAUCGUACUUUGGAUUUAAAUACAAUGACCAGGAGUGUAUUUAUCUCUGAAAAGAACUUCAAAUAUAUACUCGGUUGAGUUUUCAUUUUCUUCUCCUAUUAUCGCCUUGUCGUCGGUCACAUGUGAGAUGUGAGAUGUGAAUGACAGAAAAUGGCAUAUUUAUUUGCCCUUUCUUUCCUCUCGAAUGAUAACCGCAUCGAGUGGGCACUCCGGCGGCGCAGCCCUGAUCUCCUUCCACCCGACCUCCCUGCAGCUACCGUCAUCAGAUCCGAAGCCCUCUCCGCGCCCUCCCUCGUCUCCCUAAAAGAUCUGCCAUGAGCUAUGGCCUCUCGCGUCCAACCCGCAUCCGUGUUGAUGGGGACGGCGGUUGUCCCUCCGUCCGCACCUGGCACCAGCGCUGCACCGUCCCGCUGUGCUGUGCUCCGAUGUCCUCCUGCUUGGAGGUUCUUGAAGGAGAAUGGGGGCAAGAAGUUGUUUGAUGCACGCCUUUCGAGCAACAACGACGGUCCGGGUCCUGUCUCGCCGCCACCUCGUGUGGUGCUCGGUCAGGCUGCUGCUGCUCGUGAGGCGGCUUCAGAGCAGGGAUGGGAGAAGGCAGGGGGCCGGCAUCGUCCGCGGCAAGGGUUAGCACCCGCUCGCCGCACCAGAUGGAGACUGCCAGCUCCCUCGCCUUCAAGCGAAGAGCCUUCGGCCUCUGUUACUGUUGCUUGGCAUUGGAGCAUUUUGUCGCUGGUUGACGCGGUCCUGUCAGAUGCCUGACAUGCGGCCUCCCGGGCCAUCGUGAGCGUGGUUGUCCCUCGCGCCAGCCUUUUGGGGAUGACGCUCACCUUCGUCCCCGCUCCCCCCUCGUCUUCCCCGCGUUGUCCCACAGACCUGUCGGCCUGCCAAGCUCCUCGCCACUGCAGCCAGUCGACUUCUGGAUCUCCGCAUCUGCAACGACGUUCUUGGGCCUCAGUUGUUGCCCCUCCGGUUGCAGCGGAUCCUAGCAAGUGUGUUGCUGCUGAUUUGGAAUUACUCGAGCCUCUCCUUCCUUCUCACAUGGAAGUGUUGUGCUCUGAGAUGCGGGCUUUUACUGUGUCUCGUUUGGAGGAGGUGGUCCAGCCCUUCGCGACAUGAUGACUGCUUUGCAAGGGUGGACGACUCUGCUCGGGGAACUUUUUGAGCUCAUGGAGGUUGUUGCUGGCCGGCUGGGUCACUUGUCAGAGCUCCCUCUUGCGUCAGCUUCUAUGGUUGAACCUGUUGUUGGCUUUGUGGAUGAGGCGGGUGAUGAGCUCUUUGGUCGCUUUUCGCCUCGUGUUGGGUCUAGUUUGACGCCCCCUGUGUUGCCGGACUUCGAGGGUGAGGCCUCCAUCGAGGUUGUGUCUCUGGUGCUAAAGAUCGUGCUUGAGCUGCAAGUGUCAUGUGGGGAACCUGUUUUGUCUCAGUCGAUGGAGCAACUUAUGUUGGGCUCUUUACAAGCUUCGGAGGUGGCCUUGGUGCCAUCACCACCCCCUGAGGAGCCUUGUCGGGCUUCUGCCAGCUUGCCUCUCGGUGUCGUGGAGCACGGUGUUUUAGAUGUUGCCGCCCCUCCCUUGCAUGUGACCUUAGGGCAGGUGAUGCCUGUGAAUGAUGUGACCAUUGAGCCAGACGUGAUGGCGCCUACUCUUGUUCCAGAUGAUCCCUUCGCGAAGGAGUUGUGUGACUUAUUUGCGAGCGUGUUGGUUGCUAGACCUGGUUUGGGAAGGUCAAUUGCUUGCCUCCUUAGGGGGACAAAAAUAAGGGGCAAAUGCGAGAAGGUGGGAAAAGGAAAGAAGAGUGGUGACAUAGGGAAGACGUAUGUGGCUGCUUGAUCUUCGGUCUCUCGGCCCGCUCUCUUGGACUGAGUUAUCAUUGUGGUUUGGGGUACCUCAUGUCUUGUGUCGGGGAUCACUUUGCGUGGUGGUAGUGUUGUUGAAUCAUUUGUCUUUGGUUAGUUUGUAUCGGUUUUCGCUUGUUUUUCGUGAAUUAACUCGGCAAUUCUCUUCUUCUUAAUUAAUCGAUGAGGCAAAGCUUUUGCCUCCGUUUCAAAAAAAGCAAGUACAACCAUGUUUGUCGUUACCGACUCCAUGAAUCUUUUUCGUUACCCCUGCAAAAGUAUAUUAAAUGAAGAUCAUCCAUUGUGCCGCCUUUUGGUCA